CAUCUGCCACAGGGUCGGACUUCGUUCAGGAUGACCUCCUCUAUCUCCACUUUUAUCACCUCAACUCUGUGCGACCACGGGGGAAGUUUAAAAUACAAGCGCCUGAGAGAAGCGAUCGCCAACACUUUUCCUGGCGCUGUGUUGGACCGGGCCCUGCUACUCGAAGACAGUAAAAUAACCAUCAUGCCCGGUAGUAGUAAAGCGACCCCCGGUCAGUGCCUCAGCCCCGACAGUCUGCUGGUGGCUAAGACCAGUUUGCGCAUCUGCCAGAAGAAAUUUGCGGAAUGUGCGCAGUGUGAUUGUUUACACCUGUGCAGGUAUUAUGCUUGCGGCGACUGCACCUUUGGGUUUAAGUGCAAAAGUCCUCACAGUCUGGCUACUCCACACAAUGCACAGCUUUUGAAGAGCUAUGGUCUUCAAGACUUAACAGAAAAACAGCUCUUCCAGCUGUUGUUGCAGAAUGAUCCGUACCUGCUCCCUGAGAUUUGCCUGCACUACAACAAAGGCAACAGUGAGCAUGGUUCCUGCAAGUUCAGCACGUCCUGCACCAAGCUCCAUGUCUGCCAGCACUAUAUCCAGGGUGACUGUAAGUUUGGCGCUUCAUGCAAGAGAAGCCAUAACAUAAACCCUCAGGGAAUGAAGAUGUUCCACGGCUUUAGUAAGGAGAAUAUAAUGAACCUUCCAGCCAUCUACAGAAAUAAGAGCAUCAUUACCAGCAAACCGGCUCCUGUUGUUCCUGCGUCUCCUACAAGGAAUUUUCCCUCUCAGCCGACCACUUCCGGUGUCCCUGAAUCUAAACCCAUGACUGAUUCUGAUAAGAACAAAAUAUGCCUGUUCUUUAUUCUCAGAAAAUGCAGCUUCAAUGAGAAGUGCGUCUAUGACCACUGGCACUUACCAUACAGGUGGCAGGUCCUGGACACCAACGGUGAGACCUGGAAUGAUUUGCCUAAUAUGGAAGAGAUUGAGAAAGCCUACUGUAUCCCUGGGAAUGAGACAAGCGGCACAACUCAACAAUCUUCCUUGUCAGGGAUUUUCAGUUUUUUGCGUGUACAAAGUCCCCCUGUGGAUGGGGUGGAUUUUAUGGCGAUGAAUAUCAGAGGGUCUCCUGUUCGACGACUGUCCACGGCCUCUUCUGUAUCGAGACCACCUCACUUCAUCCUCACGACUCAAUGGCUUUGGUACUGGAAGGAUGAGUCUGGACAAUGGCAGGAGUAUGGGCAGGACGAUGCUGCGGGGGCAUCUGUCACUUCGGAAACUCUGGAGAACGUGUUCCUGGCUGACAAGGAUGUACAAAUUCCAUUUACUGCUGACAAACAUCAGUAUGUUCUCCACUUCAAAGGAGGAGCAGGUUUCCCUCAAAUGUAUCAAGAGAACAUCAAAUUUAAGACGAAGAGGGAAGUCAGACGGAGACCACGCUUUGUGUCUUUUCAAGAUGUGAAGAUGAAGAUCCAGAGUGGGUCGUCACACAGCUCCAGCUCCAGCUCAGCUGACACUCUCCCGUCCUACUGGGAUAAGAAUGCUCAGCCUGAUAUUGGGUACAAGCUUGUUCCUCUCUCCAAGUCUGCGAAGGACUAUGAAAUGAUCAGGAUGUUGUUCAAGCGCACUAUGCCUCUAAAGGAAGUCAAAAGCAUCCAGAGGAUUCAGAACCCCUCACUGUGGAAAGUCUUUCAGUGGCAAAAGGAGCAGAUGGCAAAGAGGAACAAUGGAAAAGCUGUGAAUCAGCAGUAUUUGUUCCACGGAACUGACGAUUCUCUGAUCGAUGCAAUCUGUGAGCACAACUUUGAUUGGAGGAUGUGUGGCGUUCAUGGUGUGACCUACGGCAAAGGGAGUUACUUUGCCAGAGAUGCGUCCUACUCAGACAGAUACGUCAGGGCAACCGAAAAUACCAAGACCAUGUUUGUUGCUCUGGUCCUGGUGGGGGAAUACGUCAGAGGAACGAGCAGCUAUGUCCGACCUCCUGCCAAAGUAAACGGUGGAAAUUUCUAUGACAGCUGCGUUGAUCGUGAAGAUGACCCUGGCAUCUUUGUCAUCUUUGAAAAACAACAGAUUUAUCCGGAGUACCUUAUUAAAUACUGCUAAGACCUGAUGAGGAUGUAUCCUUCACUGGCAAAUACUGUUUGCUAAUAGCCGUGUCAGCAAGUGUCCUUGACCUUAUUUUGUGAAGUGACAGCUUUGCGGCAGAAACAUUUUCAUGUGAAAGGUUGAAAAAUAGUUGACCUCCGUGCCAAUUAUUUUGUUAUCAGGUCACUCAAAUGUUCAUUGGUAUUUGCGGUGAAUAUAAUUGAUUUAAUUUUUUUACAGGUCUAUUUCAAAACCUUUUUUGGAUGUCUUCUAGUAAACAAAGGCAGGUGUAUUUUCUUUAGUUAUUCAUUACAAACACAUUAAAAAAAGCAACUUGCACUCUUUCUUAAAGAGUAAUGAAAUCAAAAAUAGAUAAAAGAUAAAA